GGAAAUGGUCGUCGAAUCACAUUACGCGGUACAGAUUUAGUAUUUGCUAGUAUCGACAAUGUUUUUAUUUAUCCAACUCUUGAUGUUGACCGAUUACGAAAUGCUCUUAGCCAAACACUUUCUUUCUGGUCAAUUCUAACUGGUCGUAUUGUUGUCGAUGAUGAUCAAUAUAUCAUUGAAUGCUCUGACAAUCCUAUUCCAUUUACUUAUACUGAAAAUGAUCAACUGGAAUAUUGGCCAGAUCUACCUGUUGUUGUUGACGAUAAAACAAAAGUUCAACCAUUUAUUGAUUCAGUUCAAUACAAACCUGAAACUGAAUCACUGCUUCGAUUUAAAGUUACUCAUUUAAUUCGUAGUGACGAAUAUGUAUUUGGUACAAGUUUUUCUCAUAUGGUUGGUGAUGCUGAUUCAAAUAUUCAUUUUAUAAAUGAUCUUUCUCGAGUCUAUCAACAUCUUGAUCCUUUACCACCUCGUCCCGUUUUUGAACGAGAUUUAUUAAACAAAGAAAAUCUAGACUUUUCUUUGCCACUUAUUAUGGAUAUAUCUGAAAAAGCGGAAAAGAAAGAGGCUAUCUUUGAUUGUUUUACCAAGGAAAAAUCAGAAACUGAUUCACUCAAUCUGUCUUUUUCUUCUGACCAACUCACUAAAUUGCACACUGUUGGUAAAAGUAAUAAUGAAGUGACAAUUCAUGACACACUCUGUGCUUAUAUUAUUCUUACUAUGAAUAAACAUUUAUUCCUUACGACGGACGAACAUAUCCAACGUGCUCGUAUUGUAGUUAAUUAUCGAGGUAUAUGUGAUUCAUUAGCACCAUAUGGUCAUUAUUGCCAAGCUGAUGUCUUAACAAGCCAACUUACAAAGGAUGGUCGUUUGAAUUUUGUAUUGGGUACGAAUGAAGUUGUAUUUAAUUCAAAUUUCAAAUAUGAUUGGGCAAAUCAAGUUAAUUUUGGUAUGACAAAUCAAUGUCGAUUUCAUACAGUUACAUCAUACAACUUUUAUUUUCGAAUAUUUCAAUUGAAUCCUGUUAAAGGAAAAGAUGGAAGUUGGACAAGAGAAGAUGGAGGUGCAGAAGUGGCAUUUCGAAUUCCAAAAGGAGAAGGAAAAGAGAAGUUUUUAGAAGGAUGGAAAAAAGAUAUUGAAGAAAACUUUGCAAAUUAUAUCAAGAGAAAUAUUUCGGAGUUAUCACACUAUUUACUCCUACUUGAAGUAUCAAAAAAAGAAGCAAAAUGGGUAAAAGUCGUCAGUAUUCAUGCAUAUUUCACUCCUCCUGGAUAUACACCUCUACCAAAUGUACCAGUUUAUAUCAGUGAUGAUAAUAGUCAAUCAUGGUCAUUUAGUUCAAAUAUAAGACAAAGCUAUUUUACAACAUUAUCUCUAUAUAAUAAUAUGAUUUAUGCUAUUGGUAGUGAUGCGGAUUCAGAUGGAAAUAUGAUAAUUCAUCGAAGUAGUGAUAAUGGUGUUAUUUUAUUUCACGGAAAAUUUGCAGAAGGUGUCACACAAAUUGUUAUUGCUAAUAAAAUUAUGUAUCAUCCUACUGUAACGUCUGGUGUGUGGACCUGA